UUUUUUUUUGCUGGCGUGGGCGUGGAACGGAACGACUUUUCCGAUCCUCAAGGUGGAAAAGGAAUAUGCGACCGCCAAGCAGCGACUAUUAAAGGAGACAUUGGAAGAUAUGUAAACGAGGGCAAUGAUGUGACAACAGCAAUUCAGCUCAAAACAGCCAUAGAGUCUGGUCCAGGAUCUUGUGCUAAGGCUAGUUACGUUACAUUCAACCCGUCAAGCACUCGGCACGUCAAUUGGGAUGGUGUAAGCUUACUCAACAACUUCAAGUAUGAGGAGAACGAAAUUAAUGUGGGUCCUGGAAAGUUGCUACCGUGGUCUCAGUUUGAAGGAGUUUUGCAGGUCCCGGAAACUCUUGAAGUGGUUGAUCCCCCAUCGCAGAAAUUGAGUACUAAGCCAUCUUUCAAGAAGGUGAGACACAGACAUUGUGAACAUUUCUCAGGUGCUCUUUCCUUAUACACACUAAGCAUCUUUCUGCAUUUUACGCAAAUUCCUUUAGAAAAAACAUAGUCAAACUCCCGUCAAAACUCCGAAAUUACUGAAAGGCGCGUAUUUUUUAACACAAAAGUCUGAAGUUUUGUCGACCCACAGAAUAAAAUAACAAUCGAACGUUGACUGCGCGAUAAGAGGUGAGAAGAAGGGGGGGGGGGAGUAGCAUUGUGAUUAGACUAUCCUUUUUUUUUGUUUAUUGUUUAUGUCUUUCUCGAGUGGCUUUUUGCGAAACGAAAUUGAAAUGUUUUAAACAAAGUAAAUUAACCCCUACUAACCGAAUUCCAGGUGCGUACUGUAAGUUACACCUACAGUACAAACUAUUUUCAACGACUGACUCUGGAAAGCUGGUUCACUAACUUAGAACAGACGCCUCUCAACAGAUGUCAACAAUUACCAGCACCUUACAAACGACUCAUUAACGACGUGAAAGAACCGACAAACAGACCGACAAACAACAGACGGAUCGAAACCGACCAAUGACUGUUAACAAACUCUACACGAGUCUUCCAGCCAAUCACAUCACGGCUAAACAGACCAAUCACGUUCAACAGACCAGACUUUAUAACAUCAUCGACUGACAACUACUCCUCACUUGACUCUGAAGAUGACUAUCGCACAGAUAGUCGAAACGUCAGUCACCAACAACAGUUCUUUUCAGAACUACACUCACCCGGACGAUCACACUACACGAAUUACUUAUUUCUCUCCGUCGUUUAAACAAAUGAUUCUUUCAUAUAAUCUCAAGUCAUCAGAAUGAAUAGACUAAAAAUAAUUCAUUGGAGACAGUUUCUGUUUGGUAGAACAUCAAGUAGUUGGUUGCUUAACUGAGCCCACAGGGACGAGCUGUUUUGAAAGCUCAAAUAUCUUCAUGGAUUGGAAUAAAUUUAUUCCUUUUUCCAGUGCGGGUGCCUUCCUCAGCUCCUUGCAGUGACCAGAAACAACUUCCGGGAUGGUGCAAAGAUUACCCGUCCUUCGCCUACCUAAACCUAACUUGGCACGAUGAACCGGACAGAUAGUCAUAUCCGAUAAAUUCGCCGGCUUUUGAAAACAUCCACAUCUUGCCAAAAUUAAUUCUACCUCCGUUUCAAUUCCGGAAAAUUUCAACGACUUUUUGUUAGUUUUGAUAUCCCUGUUACACCGCGUAAGAGGCGUGACGGAAGUUAAAGAACUUGUGCGUUCGUCUGCGCCGCAAAUCCCACCAACAAUAUUCAAGAACGAGCAAGACAUCGCUGUUCUAUGAAGUUCCCCGACAAUAAACUCUGGUUUUAGAUGCAAUGUUUCACAGAUAAAGAUAAUUCGACUUAUUUAUUUAAAGAACGAUGCAAUUUUCGUGAGAACAGGUACUUCUGAUUGGCUAUCGACGGCAUAAAGCUUCUCAUUCUUAAUAAAAUCAAUUCUUAUCGUUUCAGUUUGAAUUGCUAUUAUGAUAUUUUCUUUUAUUUUUACUUCAGCAAGUUAACUGGGGAACCUGGCACAUCGUUGAGUAAGAUAUUUUAAAAUAAGACUUAUUGUAAAUUAACAGAAGUAGAUAUCUGUUUGUUACUGUACUAAUUGUAGCGAAGUCGCUCGUGCGUGACGCAGAUUAGGGAGCGAGCCUGUCAAAUUUAAUUUCAGCUCGUGGUAAUUUUGGUGUUUCAUAGUUUUUUUUACCUGUGUAGACAAUAUUUAACAUCAAUAUAUAUUUUUAAAAGGUUCAAACCGCUAAAAAAGUAAAACCCUCAUGUUUUAUGUACAAACUUUGGCCGAGGAGUUAAUUUAUUCAAUAGUGCAUUGUUAUGUAGAGUUGUAGAUUUCAAAGGCGCUCAAUUGGAAUUUUAUCGAAUUUUGAUCGGCGUUCAUGCAAAAGUGCUACUAGAUCCUAAAGAUUUAAAACCGUAGACCUAAAAAUCAAUGACUGAACUGUCUUUGGUUAUAAUAUCAGAAGAUUUGAAGAACUACCGGUCAGCUUUUUUUUCGUCGCUGAGUUUGGAUUACUUUACACCUUCGCGUAAAUGAGAAAAGUGUGUCUUCUUAAUCGGGUCUCAGUUCGCUCACAAAUAAGCAGAGAUAAAAAUAAUUCCCAUGGUUUGACUAAGGAAGAAUCAAUGUAUUCAAUUAUACUUAAGAAAGAUUCACAGCUAUGUAAACGUCUGUGUAGCGAGAAGCUGAAAAGUGUAAAAUUUCGAGUUUCCGCCAGGUGA